AUGAGACAGCUGGAUCAAAUCGAUCACUUUUGCAAGCCUGACACGCGCAACGAGAUCACAUAUCUACGCUACACCACGCUGGGUGAUGCUAUUUCGCAUGUUCAAGCAUAUGAAAGAGCGCACUUUGCCCAGCGUACCCACCACGACUCACAGCGAGGCUUUGAGCAUGUUGGGACUGACGACGCGCGGGGAGAUUCACUGCCAGAACCUAUGGACAUUAGUGCGAUCAAUACCCGCAACAUGUCGACGGAAGAAUGUCGCCGUCGCAACUUCUGUUCCUACUGCAAGUUUCCGAAGCACCACAUUCGCAAGUGCCCCAAGAAACCCGGCCAGGGAAACGCAGGAGCUCAGCAGAGGUAA